GGCCUGAGGCAGCAGGAGUAGGACAGCCAUACAGACAGGCCGGACGGGGUACCAGCGCCUCGACUUCUCUCCCUGGGACACUAUCCAAACUCCGAGGGCCAUAGGCCAAGCUGAGCGAUGGGUGCUGAGGAGAAGGUGCUGGUCACAUUGUCAGGGGGAGCCCCCUGGGGUUUCCGACUUCAGGGGGGGGCCGAGCAGAGGAAACCUUUACAGGUGUCCAAGAUCCGAAGACGGAGCCAGGCUGGCAGAGCAGGACUCCGAGAGAGGGACCAGCUUUUAGCCAUCAAUGGGGUCUCCUGCACCAGCCUCUCUCAUGCCAGUGCCAUGAGCCUCAUUGAUGCCUCAGGGAGUCAACUGGUCCUCACGGUGCGGAGGGUAGAGGAUGAGGGGCCUGUGCGGUCUCCAUCCCCUGGUGAGCUUCAGGUGUUGUCACCCUUAUCUCCACUGAGUCCUGAGCCCCCUGGCGCUCCAGUCCCCCAGCCUCUUCAGCCUGGGAGCCUCCUCUCACCCCCUGACAGUGAAGCUUACUACGGAGAGACAGACAGUGAUGCCGAUGGCCCUGCCGCCCAGGAGAAGCCCCGCCGACCCCGCCGCAGAGGCCCCACGAGGCCCUCCCCUCCGGGAGCCCUACCUGAUGAGGUCUACCUAUCCGACAGCCCUGCAGAGCCAGCACCUGCAGCCGCUAGUCCUCCCAGUCAGGGUGACAGCCGCGUGAGCUCCCCAUCUUGGGAGGGUGGGACAGCCCUUCAGCUACCCCCAGCCGAGGCCCUGCUGUUGCCCCACGGCCCCCUCCGUCCUGGCCCUGAUCUCAUCCCUAUGGUGGGGCCUGUUCCCCAUCCGGUGGCAGAAGACCUCACUACUACCUACACCCAGAAGGCCAAGCAAGCCAAACUGCAACGGGCAGAGAGUCUCCAAGAGAAGAGUGUGAAGGAAGCCAAGACCAAAUGCCGGACGAUUGCAUCCCUACUAACUGCAGCCCCUAAUCCCCACUCCAAGGGGGUGCUUAUGUUUAAGAAACGACGGCAGAGAGCCAAGAAGUACACCCUAGUGAGCUUUGGGGCUGCGGCUGGGACAGGUGCUGAGGAAGAAGACGGGGUCCCUCCAACGAGCGAGUCGGAGCUGGACGAGGAGGCCUUCUCUGACGCCCGCAGCCUCACCAACCAGUGCGACUGGGACAGCCCCUAUCUGGAUAUGGAGCUGGCCAGGCCAGGCUCAGCUGCAGCAGAGGCCCAGGGCGGGCAGCUGAGUGAGGCCUCGGGCAGAGGGGCCCAGCUCUUUGAACAGCAGCGCCAGCGCACAGCCUCCAGCACCCAGGAGCUGGCCCAGGAUGGUCCAGCAGCCAUGCCCAACGGGCAGGGCCUGCAGUCACCACCUCGGGCCCAGAGUGCUCCUCCGGAGGCAGCUAUGCUCCCAUCCAGCUCUUCACCAGCCCCUGUAGCCAGCCCCAGACCCUUCUUCCCAGGCGGUGGAGCCCCAACCCCAGCUCCAAACAUCUUUAACCGAUCAGCCAAACCCUUUACCCCAGGCCUACAAGGGCAGCGGCCAGGUACCACUUCGGUUAUUUUCCGGCCCUUAGCUCCCAAGAGGGCGAGCGAAAGCCUGGGAGGCCUCAGCUCCGCCCCACCGCCCUUCCAGUCCCCUCCACAGGGACCCACCCCUCUGCCCAGCCACAUGCCAGCCUCCGGUUCCCCCUGCACUCCACGCUCCUCAGGCCCCGUGACAGCCACCAGUUCCCUGUACAUCCCAGCCCCCAAUCGUCCUGUAACGCCAGGAGGAACCCCAGAGCCUCCCGCUCCUCCUAGCGCCGCUGCCAUGACCUCCACCGCUUCUAUCUUCCUAUCGGCCCCUCUGCGACCCUCUGCGCGCCCAGAGGCUCCCGCCCCAGGCCCCGGGGCACCUGAGCCCCCCAGCGCUCGGGAGCAGCGCAUCUCCGUGCCAGCUGCCCGCACUGGCAUCCUCCAGGAGGCCCGGCGACGGGGAACCCGGAAGCAGAUGUUUCGUCCGGGAAAGGAGGAGACGAAGAACUCGCCCAACCCCGAGCUGCUAUCGUUGGUGCAGAACCUGGAUGAAAAACCCCGCGCGGGCGGAGCGGAAUCCGGUCCAGAGGAGGAUGCUCUGAGCCUCGGGGCUGAAGCCUGCAACUUCAUGCAGCCACCAGGGGGCAGGAGUUACAAGACUCCGUCUCACGUGACACCUAAAACCCCGCCUCCAAUGGCACCCAAGACUCCGCCCCCGAUGGCUCCCAAGACUCCACCUCCAGUGGCUCCUAAACCCUCGUCUCGAGGGUUCCUUGAUGGUCUAGUGAAUGGGGCAGCGCCUUUGGCUGCAAUCCCUGAGCCCACAAGGCUUCAGGGCAGGGGUGGGGAGCUGUUUGCCAAGCGGCAAAGCCGAGCAGACAGGUAUGUGGUGGAAGCUACACCUAGUCCUGGCCUUGGCCUUGGCCCUCGUCCCAGAAGCCCUUCCCCUACACCCUCAUUGCCCCCUUCCUGGAAAUAUUCACCUAACAUCCGUGCCCCACCUCCUAUUGCUUACAACCCACUGCUCUCACCCUUCUUCCCCCAGGCUGCCCGAACUCUCCCUAAUAAGGCCCAGUCCCAGGGUCCUCGGGCGACCCCCAAGCAGGGUAUCAAGGCUCUGGAUUUCAUGCGGCACCAGCCCUACCAACUUAAAACUGCCAUGUUCUGUUUCGAUGAGGUUCCCCAGACUCCUGGCCCCAGCUCCUUAGGGCCCCCCAAAACUGCCCGAGUGCAGGAGAUCCGCCGAUUUUCCACUCCAGCACCCCAGCCUACUGCAGAACCCCUGGCCCCCACUGUACUAGCCCCCCGAGCAGCCACUACAUUGGAUGAGCCCAUCUGGAGAGCAGAGCUGGCCUCAACCCCUGUCCUUAGCCCAGCCCCUCCUCCAGAGUCUCCCAGGGGUCUUGGGACUUCCCCCAGCUCCUGUGGCUUCCAGGUAGCCAGGCCCCGGUUCUCAGCCACCAGAACUGGAUUGCAGGCUCAUGUUUGGAGGCCAGGGGCAGGCCACCACUGA